AUGUCAGAUUUCAACACAACCGACUUCACCAACCCUUCCACCUUCAUCCUGCUGGGCAUUCCUGGCCUGGUGGCGGCCCACGUCUGGAUCUCCAUCCCCUUCUGCACCAUGUACAUCAUAGCCAUCAUGGGGAACUUCACCAUCCUGUUCAUUGUGAAGAGGGAGACGAGCCUCCAUGGGCCCAUGUACUAUUUCCUCUGCAUGCUGGCCAUCACCGACCUGGUCCUGUCCACGUCCAUCCUGCCCAAAACGCUGAGCAUCUUCUGGUUCAAUUCCAGGGAGAUCGAUUUCAAUGCCUGCCUCACCCAGAUGUACUUUAUGCACUGCUUCUCAGUGAUGGAGUCUGGGAUCUUUGUGGCCAUGGCUUUGGAUCGCUACGUGGCCAUCUGCCAUCCCCUGAGACAUUCCACUAUCCUAACAAACCCCAUGAUAGCCAAGAUCUGUCUGGCUGUGGUGCUGCGCGGAGGCUUCUUUGUAUUGCCUUAUCUCCUCCUGGCGAGGCAGUGGCCAUAUUGCAGUAACAAAAUCAUCCCCCACACACACUGUGAGCACAUGGCCGUGGUGAAGCUGGCCUGUGCUGACACCCACCUCAGUAGUUACUAUGGCCUCUUUGUGCUAUUCUCUGUGAUUGGUCUGGAUGUGUUUUUUAUCACUGUGUCCUAUACCCAGAUCCUCAGAGCAAUCUUCAUCCUCCCCACAAAAGACGCCCGGCUGAAGACUUUGGGGACCUGCAGCUCCCACCUCUGUGCCAUCUUAGCCUUUUACAUCUCAGCUCUCUUCUCCUCCCUCACAUACCGGUUUGGGCAUAAUGUGGAUCUGCAUUUCCAUGUUUUCAUUGCCAACGUGUAUCUCCUGGUGCCCCCCAUGCUAAACCCCAUCAUCUACGGGGUGAGGACCAAACAGAUCCGGGACAGGCUGCUCCUGCUCUUUACUCAUAAAGAGACCUAA